CCGCAAUCGCGUCCCCCGGCAACGCUGAGCGCCCCGCGGGGCCCGGCCGCCGCUCCACGGCACAGCCACCGCCGUGUCCCGCGGAGGCCCGCGACACCGGGCCGCUGGCGGAGGGGCUGCGCCGCGCCGCAUGACAGCGAUGCCUUCCUCCGAGGCCAUCCUGCAGCCAUCCCCCAGCAAGAGGCAGAAGGGCUCGGUGCCCGGGGAGCCCACCGCACGGCUCCGCUUCACUAAGCUGUCCGAGAACGCCUCCACCCCUUCCAGAGGCUCUGCUCGGGCUGCGGGCUACGAUCUAUACAGCGCCUAUGACUGUGUGAUACCACCCAUGGAAAAGGCCGUAGUGAAAACAGACAUUCAAAUUGCACUUCCUUCUGGAUGCUAUGGCCGAGUAGCACCACGUUCUGGUUUAGCUACAAAACACUUCAUAGAUGUUGGUGCUGGUGUUAUUGAUGAGGAUUACAGGGGAAACGUUGGUGUGGUACUCUUCAACUUUGGCAAGGAGACUUUUGAAGUUAAAAAAGGGGAUAGGAUUGCCCAGCUCAUCUGUGAACGCAUUUGCUAUCCGGAGCUAGAAGAAGUUCAAGCUCUAGAUGAUACAGAACGUGGCGAAGGUGGCUUUGGUUCUACUGGAAAAAACUGAAAAUUAUUUGAAUAUGCUUUCUAUUUUUUUUUGUUAUGCUAUUUCUAAAUUUUCAUUUGAAUCAGAAGUGGGAUUUUGGAGUACAUUAAAAAAUUUCAAGUUUCGUUCAGACUUCUCUCUAUCUGUCCUCCUGUCUAUUUUUACAGGCAGUGAAUUCAUCUGCAUUAUGGGGAAAUGUGCAUGACUGACUUGAUUGAUUAGUUGAUAGAUUGUUUUUUCUUUCUAGAUGUUCGGUCCUCAGUAAUAAGAACUCAUUGUUUAUGUGCUGAUUAUACUCUAAUAAAUUAAAAAAUAACUUAA